AUGUUCAUACUUCUAACCAACUCAUUGCACUGUUCGUGCACUGAAUUCAAAUUUCUUAGCAGACCAGGUAUGAUGGCUUUAGCCCUAGCACACAUUAGGGGAUCAAGCCACCCAAUAAACCUACAAACGGAAUCAUUCAUAGGGCAUGCAAAAAAACUCCUUCCUGGAUUCAAAGGGGUCCAAGACGUUUUCACCACAACAACUUUUCCACAAAAACAUAGCACCAUUUUUGUUGUAACAGAGCUCAAGAAGAAGAAGGGUAGAAGAAAAGAGACGUUAGGGAAUGUUGGGGAAGAAGAUCACAGGAAGUGGGGUUAUCACUUCGACGGAGAAAGCUCAUUGCUUCCGACGAUGGCGCCAAUGGCGGUCGCCGUUACAUCUAUUCCAACGGGUUAUAAUUUUCUUUCUUUCUGUCGUUCUCCAUCCAUAACCACCAUUCCCCUAUCUCCAUCUUCGUCAAUGUCUCUCUUUUCUUCUGGAACCACCUCAACCUCACCACUGAUUUAUUGUGGAAGAGGGGACAAGAAGACUGCCAAAGGAAAGCGAUUCAAUCACUCCUUCGGGAAUGCGAGACCAAGAAACAAGAAGAAGGGGAGAGGACCACCGAGAGUGCCUGUUCCACCAGCUCCACCGAGGAAGGAUCGAUUUGACGACGGCGAAGUUGUCAAAAUUGAGAUAGAUGAGUCCCUCUUCUCCAGCUAAACAUCUGUUUGUAUGAAUUUCUUUGUUUUCGUGUUAUUAAAUACUAGUAUGUUGUAAACCAACAUUGGAAUUUGGAAGAGAUUACUCAACUUUGUUUCUUACCACUAAUAUUGUGUAAUCUGAAGGGG